AUGUUACCAUUUUAUUAUGCUGAACAUCAAUCUUCUAAUCAACCAUUACAUGAUCAACUAUCGAAUCAAAAUGAGGAGUCAGUAGUGUCGGAUAAACCGACUGCGACAACAAUCUUUUCACAUGAUCUAUCAUCGACUGUACCAUUGAUAAAUCCUUCUCCACUCAUCUGUUCUACUUGUAUUAAUACUGGUUCAAUUAUAAAUUUAUCUACAACUUCAUCGUCGUUACCACCUUCAUCAACUGAUAUGAACUGUGAUACCAAAGCUAAAGUCAAUGAUAUACGUAAUGUUGAACUUCUUGAUACAGAAUCUGGUCUUACUAUUAUUAGCUUUCAACAUUGGUCGAUUAUUGCUGAAAGAUCUAUUCUACUAACAUCCUACGACGAUCCUGAUGUUCAUGGACCUGAAGGGUAUUUUAUUUGUUCUGUAGGAUGGAUAACGGUUGAUGUUGCUAUUACUCGUAUUUCUAUUCAGCAUGAACUUGUUUUCGAAAAAAUUUGA